UUGCAUCUCCUCCUCCUUCCUCCAUUACUUCUCCCCUCUCUAUCCUCUGCCCUCUCCCAUCUCUCUCUCUCUCUAAAGAAAGACCGGAGAGAAACAGAAGAGCAGAGCGAGUAGAAAUACAGACGAGCGCCGACCGAGAAGAGAAUUUUUUCACUUGUGGAUCUGAAAUAUACUACAUACUAGCUAGAUUCGUUGUUGAAUUUGCUCGUCGUUGCUUUGCUUCCGCUGCCAUGGUGAAGAAGGAGGGGCCGUGCUGCCACUGCGGAAUCAUGGGCAGCCCUAUCUGGCGAAACGGGCCACCCGAGAAGCCGGUGCUCUGCAAUGCGUGUGGGACAAGAUGGAGGAAAAAGGGUACAUUGGAGAACUACACACCAACACGUCGUCCCCAAGAUGCUGAAGCGGAGAGGAGACAACCCAAGAAAAAGCCCGUCGUCCGCAGAAUAGUGAAGAAACAACCAUCUUCUGAUCACAACUUGGGGAAGACAGGGGAUGCUGCUGACACUUUUAGCAAUCCAUCUGGUUUUGGAUCAGCGGUGUCAUAUUCAGGUUCAGCGCAAUCACAUGCUUGGGAGUCACUGGUACCAUCAAGAAAAAGGACUUGUGUCGCUCGUCGUCGUAAGCCGUCAUCGCUGGAAACGCUUGUAGAGGAUCUCAACUCCAUAAUGCACGAAGAGAAGUUACGUUCUGGUUCAGGGCUUCGUACCAUUCCAGGAUCCUCAGAGGAAGACCUACUGAUUUAUCAUAGCGAAACUGCAGCUGGAUCCUUUGAGAUCGGUUACGGAAGCAUGCUGCUUACACAUCCAUUCAAGCAUGCUUCUUACUGAUUUAUCAGAGUUUUGUUUUUGGAACUGAACAAGUUCAGAGUUUUGGCUGGUUCAGCCUCUCCCUUUUUAUAUUGUGGCUGGGUGAAUGUACAUUAGUCAAUUUGUUUCUGGGUGAAUGUAUAUUAGUCAAUUCUGGCAGCAAUCAAUCA